AUUUAUUACAGCUAGUCAUAUAUUCAUUGAUGAAGCAGAUUUCCACCUUUUCAUCUUCACCAUCAAUAGAUACUUUUGCCUUCUUAUUCGGACACAGAUUGCUUGUAGGCCAUGCAUGUGUGGCUUGCUUACAGGACGGAUACGUAAUCAUUUUCGUUGUUUUAUUAUCAGCUUUGAAUUCUUGGAGAGCUUCUUUUUUUUACACCUUUUUGGCAACAAUGGGUUAGACGA